AAUGCUUAUUGUAUUGUUCUUCUUCUUGUGAACACGAGGAAUUGGAUACUGACAGACUUUGGUUAAGAGAAGAUAAAUUUGAAUAGAUGAAUUGAUUAUUUGCUUUUAUAUCAUUCGAUUCAAUUGGUUAAUUUUUAAUGUUAUAAAUCAUCAAGACAUGAUACUAAGUAUGGGUUUAAAAAGGAUCAUGCUUUGUAUGUAGCAAAACAAUACUACAUUCUCUUUAAAAUGUUUCAAUGAAAUGUAUACUAGUAUAUAUUUUUUCACAGGAUCUCGGGCUCAUAAAUUAUUCCGGGAGGUUGUGGAAAGCCAGUUUCUCUUACAAGACAUUGCAAAACUGUCUCCACUUCACCAGACUUAUGGUUUAGAAGUAUUUCACAGCGUGGUUAAUAACUUUGCCCCAAAGAAUACACAUUUCUUUUAUCCAGCAAUGAUGGUCAGGUAAUGUACAUACAUCUAUAUAGGUUUGAUAUUAUCUAAAGUAAAAUUUCAGAAUGAAAUAUUUUGUGAUAAAGAGGGUUUUUUCUUCUUCGGCUGAAUGAUAACAAGGAAGAUAAGGUUACCAGUAUUUUGAAAAUGAAGUUGAAAAAAAAAAAAAAAACUUUUACAAUCUGUAUCAUUUUCAGAUUGUGUGUAGCCACCCUACACUUCAAUGAAAUUGGCAGACGACACCAAGCUACAACAACGACUGGACCAGCACGGUGGCAUCUGAGUUAUCCAAAGAGAAGUAAAGGGGAGGUCGCAGUUGUGAAACCUGACAAGACUCCAAUUACCUAUGACUAUGUGGAGAUUCUGUGCAUCAACUUGGUGGAACGCCGUCUUCCGACAUGUCCAGCAGCUACUGCGGAAGCCAGUAAGGACACAGGUUACAGACCACCACCUCUUACCUCCUCCCUUGCUUGUUUCAGUAAGGAUGAACUCAUUGCCACAAGACGAACACGGUUUGCGCAUGGCAAUUUGGUUGCUGUUGAGGGCCCAAGAACGUGAAGAUGAUUUUAAGCAUCAGAUCUUGGAAACACUUGUUGAUGAUCUUCUUUUGUUGUUUGCUAUAUUAUCUACAUGUUCUGAGAUUUUUAUUGUUACAGAUAAAGAUAUUUC